GCAUUGCCUGCGUGACACUCCUGAACAAGGGUGUGCAUACAAAUCUCAGAAAAUCAGAGAAAAUUAUCAGAAAGUUGUGUAAAAUACUAAAAGCCUUUUAAUUAAUGUGAAGUGGAAGGGAAGCAUUGAUAAAUUGCUGCAGGAUUCACGUGGCAGAAGAAGCUCCAUCAUCCAUGAGUCAGACAUGCCGCCUGUGGAAUUUGAGUAUCGCAAGUGUCCUGGCAUUGACUCUGUCAAAUGUCCUGCUCACUGUUCGCCUCCUGCACUCCACAGACUGCCCUUUUAUCAGCGUAGAGGACACUUCUGCAGCGUCAUUUGUGGCCAAAGCACCACCCCUUACACCCCCAACAUGCCUUGAGUACGUCAUUCUGGACAAUUCGUCCAAUCGAACAGAUCGUCCGGUAUUCUCGGAUUUGGAUCUGCAACUGGGCAGAUGGGAUUCCCGGAGAUUGUACAAGAUUUUUGAAUUCGUCGUGAUUGGCGAUAGAUUCGCUGAGAUCACAGAACAGUAUAAGGUCUGUUUGGCUACUCAGAGUUCCAUCGAACGGUUAGGACCUCUGGUUCAGGUAGCACAUCACUGGACAGGACCCAUAUCUGUGGCAAUAUUUGCAGCAGGAAAUGAUGAACUCUAUCUCCUACAAAUCUAUCUGACUUUCUUGCGAAAAUGCUAUCCCGACAUCAGGGAAAGGGUAUCUUUUCACUUGGCCUACCCAAGAGACAAGGCCCCAACCCAGAUAAAGCAAUUGAGCCUAAUCGAUCGCAUGCCAUAUGAUUGUGCCAAACCCGAAGCCACCCUCGCAAAACUCAUACAAAUGCGAACCCAUGACACAAUAAAGUGGCGUUCCAAGAACAUCUAUCCGCAGAAUCACCUGAGGAAUGUAGCACGCAAAACAUGCCAAAGCGAUAAUGUCUUUCUCACGGACAUCGACAUCAUACCCAGCAUCAACAUGACUGAGUACUUAGAUAAGUUUCUUAGACACACAAAGUGCCCAAACAAUCAAUGCGCCUAUGUGAUACCCACAUACGAAUUGGACUAUCGAGCGAGAUUCCCGCGCGAUAAGCCCGAUCUUAUACGACUAGCCAGGAAGGGCCUAGCACGACCUUUUCAUCACAAAGUAUUCAUCUACAAUCAAUACGCGACGAAUUUCACAAGGUGGCAAGCUGACCUAGACAACCUCGAAGAGACCCAUAUAAGCUACAAUGUAACCAAUUUUGAAUUUCUCUAUGAACCCUUCUACGUAGCAUCGGAUCAAGUUCCUCAGCAUGAUGAACGCUUCUUAGGCUAUGGCUUCACACGGAACACCCAAGUUUACGAGAUGUUUGUGGCUGGGUAUCAAUUUCAGGUGCUAUCACCUAUUUUUACAUGUCACUGGGGUUUGCAGAAUAAGAAAAGCCGUCCAGCAUGGCGUGAACGGCAAAAUAACGUCAAUCGAAAGCAAUUUGAGGUGUUCAAGAGAGAAGUCUUUGCACGCUACCACAAGGAUCCACUCAAGAUGCUUCUGCCAAAGAAAACGCUCUCACGACAGGUCCCAAUUGGUGGUUGACCAACUCACCUUGGGGUGUAAGCUUUUCAAAAUUAUAUCUUAAAUAUUUUGAAUGUUUAUUUUACACUCUGUUGUAAAAGUGGUAUAACUGUUAAUUAAGAUUACAAAGCACAGAAAAAUAUGGCAAAAAAAGAAACAGAAAUUUUAAAUAGCGGUGUAACAAAAUAAAUUUGCUCAACGGAUUUACCAUUAACA